ACAAACACACACACACACACACACACCCUCAUGUGCACACACACCCCUCAUUUCUCCGGCACAGGAUAAACGAACAAUAACCAGGCUCUUCAGACAGUGAUUAGUGUUGAGGAUUCUCCAAAGAGUAAGCCAUUAUUUAAUAUCCAGAUUGUUUGACUAGAGAUACAGUCAAGCUGUUGCUUCUCAUGAAUUUGGAAUGAGAGUAUCAUUUGCAGAAAGCAGCAAGUAACCUGGAGGAAAGAAAAAAGAAAAAGAACUUUUCUGUAACUCUUCACUACCGAGACCAGUGGAGAAGAGUGAAAUGGGGACGUGGAAAUGUGGAGGCUGCUUAAGCUGUCUGCUGAUUCCUCUUGCGUUUUGGAGCAUUACCGUUAAUAUCUUGUUAUAUUUCCCUAACGGGCAAGCUUCAUAUGCAUCCAGCAAUAAGCUCACCAACUAUGUGUGGUAUUUCGAAGGCAUCUGUUUCUCGGGGGUGAUGAUGCUGCUGGUCGCCACAGUGCUUCUCAUCCUGGAACGUGACACCCACUCCAAAUGCUGCCAGAGUGAAAACUGUAACAAAAAAUACACAAGUUUUCUAUCGAUUGUCUUUUCACUUCUUGGAUUUGCAUUUUCUGGAUACUGCCUGGUCAUCUCUGGAUUGGCCUUGGUGCAAGGCCCAUACUGUCGCACCCUGGCUGGCUGGGAGUAUGCCUUCGAAGACACAGCAGGGAGGUUCCUGACGGAUCCCAGCUCCUGGACCCAAUGCCUGGAACCUGCCCACGUGGUGGAAUGGAACAUCAUUUUAUUUGCGGUUCUAAUUGCCCUCAGUGGUCUGCAGGCAGCCAUCUGCCUCCUGAAAGUCAUCAUGAAAUUAUCCAGGAUCCUUUGUGGAACCUACUCGGUCAUUAUCCAGGCUGGAGUCAUUUGAUUUGGGAGAAAGAUUCCUUCUGACUAGCAAGAUGCGCCCAUGUCACGUUUCUACCAUGUAGAUUGACGAGCAGGGUUCUGCUUCCAGGAUUGUGCGUUUUGGUGCUGAUGCAGUCCCAAAGCUGGACCUCUUAUUAAACAUACAUCCUUUAUAGGGG